CUGAGAUGACAGAGUUGUUCAUCAGUUCGGUUCGUUUCUCCAACAUGAACACAUUUACAAUUUGCCUCGUCUUCGGAUUGGCCGUUGGUGUAUUCGGUGGUGAAACCAAGAAACACGAGAAACGAGGAGUCUAUGGCGAAGGACUCUAUGGAGGAGGUCUAGGAGGAUUUGGCUCAACAUUGGGAGGAUUUGGCUCAGGGGUGUAUGGAUCUGGCCUUUCCCAUGGAGUCUCAUACGGUUCUGGAUUUGGCUACGGAUCAGGGCUCGGAGUUGGAUCUGGACUCGGUCUCGGAUACGGAGUCGGUUCAGGUCUUGGAUCAGGAGUUGUUCUCGGCUCUGGAGUUGGCUCUGGACUAGGUCUGGCGACUGGAGUCGUCGGAGCAAACGAAGUCGUGUCAAGGCACGUCACAGUCACUCACCGUGUUGCUGUUCCUGUCCCUCAGCCCGUACCAGUCCCUGUUGAAAGAACUGUAGCUGUUCCUGUCCCCCAUCCCGUCAGUGUUCCGGUCGACAGGCCCUACCCAGUACAAGUACCACAGCCCGUCCCAGUUCCGGUCGAAAGACCUUACCCUGUCCCAGUUGAACGUCGUGUCCCUGUACCAGUUCACCACACUGUUAAUGUACCUGUACCUCAUCCAGUCGCUGUGCCUGUUCCAAGGCCUGUCGCUGUUCCUGUCGUCAGGAACGUACCAGUUCCCGUUCCCCACCCAGUAGCCGUCCACCAACCCGUACCUGUCCACGUCUCUGUUCCGGUCCACACUGGAGUCGUUGCUGCUGCCCCAGUAGUCGGUGUCUCUUCUGGACUCGGUUUCGGUUCUGGUUAUUCUGGACUCGGAUACGCUUCAGGAGUUACUGGACUCGGGUACGGUUCUGGAGUUUCUGGACUCGGAUACGCUUCAGGAGUUUCUGGACUCGGAUACUCUUCAGGAGUUUCUGGACUCGGGUACGGUUCUGGACUCGGAUUUGGUUCUGGUGUUACUGGAGUUUCUGGGCUGGGAUACAGUUCUGGAGUUUCUGGACUCGGAUACGGUUCCGGCUUCUUGUCUGGCCACGGUCUUGGCUCAACAUUAGCUGGUGGAGUUCACCACAAAGUAUUGUAAGCGCCAGUAAACACCGAUCUUUUCAUCUAUUCUUUCACAUUCGUUAUUUCUUCAUUGUACAUACUUCAUUUUAAUAAAUUUUUAUUGUAUAUGUGUAUUGUAA